AUGGAUACCAAGGGUUCUACAGCAACUAUUUCUUCUUCAACGGCACCCCAAAACUGCUCUGGGAAUACAAAUUUUAGGACCAGCUCUUCUAACAGCAGUUGUUGUCACAGUGGCCAGUCAACUGGUCAUGCUCAAAGAACUCCCCAGGGCCAGGGCUGUCGACCCACCCCUUGCCUUUAUCGCACCCCUAACUACUUGAUAAGAACCUACAACUUCCAUCCCUGCCUGGAAGACUGCAGCCUGUGUGGCGAAGGCAUUAACAGUCACGAGAAAGAGACCAUGCAGAUUUUGAAUGAACGCCUUGCUAACUACCUGGAAAAGGUGCGGAUGCUGGAAGGGGAAAACUCCGAACUAGAAGAUAAAAUCCAGAAGGAGUGCAGCAAGGCGCUCCCUGUCCUGUGUCCUGACUACCUGUCCUACUACACCACCAUUGAGGAGCUGCAGCAGAAGAUCUUGUGUACCAAGGCUGAGAAUUCCAGACUGGUCUCACAAAUUGACAACACCAAACUGGCUGCAGAUGACUUGAGAGCCAACUAUGAAGCCGAGUUAUCACUGCGCCAGCUCAUAGAAGCUGAUGCCAAGGGCCUGAAGCAGAUCUUGGAUGUGCUGACUUUGAGUAAGGCUGACCUGGAGGCUCGAGUCCAGUCUCUGACAGAGGAACUUCUGUGCCUCAAAACCAACCAUGAAGAGGAAAUCAGUUCCUUGCAGUGCCAGCUGGGGGACAGAAUCAAUAUCGAAGUCACAGCUGCCCCUUCCGUGGACCUAAAUCAAGUUCUACAAGAAAUGAGAUGCCGCUACGAGUCCAUUGUGGAGACAAACCGUAAAGACGUAGAACAAUGGUUCGAUACACAGAUGGAGGAGCUGAACCAACAAGUAGUGACCAGCUCCCAGCAACAGCAGUGCUGCCAGAAGGACGUCAUAGAACUGAGACGUACCAUGAGUGCCCUCGAGGUGGAACUGCAGGCCCAGCACCGAAUGAGAGAUUCCCAGGAAUGCAUCCUCACAGAGACAGAGGCCCGCUACACAACCCUGCUGGCCCAGAUCCAGGGUCUGAUCCAUAACCUGGAGGCUCAGGUGUCAGAUAUCCGGGGUGCCCUGGAAAGACAGAACCAGGAGUAUCAAGUUCUGCUGGACAUCAAGUCCCGGCUGGAGUGUGAGAUCGCCACCUACCGCAGCCUUCUGGAGAGCUUGGAUGGCAGGCUUCCCUGUAACCCAUGUGCCACCAAAUGUGAGCCAUCCUGCCAGGCCGGAGCUAUGGAGUGCUUUGCCCCAAUUUACACAUCUUCAUGCCUCCCUUGGAUUCACAAGCCCUGUAAUGCCUCUGGACCCCCAUCCAGGAUACUGGUUAAGAUAUGCACCAUUACCAAGGAGAUCAAGGAUGGGAAGGUCAUUUCUUCUCACGAGCAUGUGCAGCCUUGUUACAUCAUCAGACCUGCCAAAGUCUAG